CUUUGUCCUCACCGUUGCUGGCACCUCACCUGCGGAGGCCAAGCACCCUCUCCCUCUGCAUCUCGCAAUCCGAAACGAGCUAGCUCUAGCUAUUCACAAGCCAAGCCGAGCUAUGUUUUCCGCUCGUUUAGAUAACAAGCCGAGCUGAGCCAGCUCAAUAUCCACCGCUACUAGCCCAUUACAGCAUGCCGCCAUGGCACACUUGAAUGCCACUAAAGCUUCUCCACAUCUCAGCUACGGGCGGAUCCACACCUGAUGCGUGGACAACCCGCUGUGCGUACGAGUCCCCACCUGAAUUAUAUUCCAUAGACGCCGGGAGUCCGGUGAUGGAAGUGUUGCGCAUGGCGCAGUUACAUGGUCGAUUACAAUUAGCAGCACAUGUCUGAGUGGUUGGAAUUACGCUGUCGCGUUACUUGUGAGUGGUAACUGUUACCUGAAUGGGACUGCAUGCCCUGGUUGCUGUCAGUGUUAAUCGUGGAGCAGAAUCAGCAAGCGUUGUGUCGGGUCAUCUGCUGGUGGAGUCGAGAUGAGAUGGGGGCGUAGCACCUGUAACCUUGAGCCAUAAUAAACUAGCGCCAGUGACAUGCUGACAGCAGAGUCAUCAAGCAGCUCGGAGAAGGCCGACGGCGACCAAGAAGAGGCCGAUCCGACCCGGAGGAGAGCUCGCGCGGCCAUGGUUGAGGAAGAAGCGGCCGUGCCCCCCGCCGUGGCGGCAGCGAGCGCCCCGCCGCACCUGCUGCUGAUAUGCUUCCCGGGGCAGGGCCACGUGAACCCCAUGCUCCGCCUGGCGAAGCGCGUCGCGGCCAAGGGCCUCCUCGUGACCUUCUCCUCGUUGGCCAGCGUGGGCGCGAGGCUGGCGGCCGCCGCGGGGGUGUCGGCCGGCGGCGACGGCGUGCCCGUGGGCCGGGGCCGCGUCCGGUUCGAGUUCCUGGAGGACGGCGACCCCGGGCCCGACCUGGACGACCUCAUGCGGCACCUCGAGACGGCCGGGCCCCCGGCGUUCGCGGCGCUGCUGCGGCGCCAGGCGGAGGAGGACCGGCCCGUGGCGUGCGUGGUGGCGAACAACCCGUUCAUGCCGUGGGCGAGCGACGUGGCCGCCGGCGAGGGGAUCCCGACGGCGGUGCUGUGGGUGCAGUCGUGCGCGGUGUUCUCGCUCUACUACCACCACGUGCACGGCCUGGUGGAGUUCCCGCCCGAGGACGACCCCGGGGCGCGGUUCAAGCUCCCGGGCCUGCCGGAGAUGUCCGCCGCCGACGUGCCGUCGUUCCUGCUCCCGUCCAACCCGUUGAAGCUCCACGCCGACGCGAUCAUCAGGCAGUUCCGCACCAUCGGGCGCGCGUCGUGGGUGCUGGUGAACUCGUUCGCGGAGCUGGAGGCGGACGUGCUGGCCGCGCUCCCCGGCGUGACGCCGCGCACGCCGGAGCUCAUCACCGUGGGGCCGCUCAUCGAGCUCCACCAGGGGCAGGAGGACGACGCGAUGCGCGGUGACCUGAUCAAGGCCGCCGACGACUGCGUGGAGUGGCUGGACGCGCAGCCGCCCCGGUCCGUGGUGUACGCGUCGAUGGGCAGCGUGGUGGUGCUGUCCCCCGGCGAGGUCGCGGAGAUGGCGCACGGGCUGGCGUCGACGGGGCGGCCGUUCCUGUGGGUGGUGCGGCCGGACACGCAGCCGCACCUGCCGGAGGGGUUCCUGGACUCCGUGUCCGGGCGCGGCGCCGUGGUGGCGUGGAGCCCGCAGGAGCGCGUGCUGGCGCACCCGUCGACGGCGUGCUUCCUGACGCACUGCGGGUGGAACUCGACGCUGGAGACGGUGGCGGCAGGAGUGCCCGUGGUGGCGUUCCCGCAGUGGGGGGACCAGUGCCCGGACGCGCGGUAUCUGGUGGAGGAGCUCGGCAUGGGCGUGCGCCUGCGCGGCGCGCGGCGGGAGGCCGUGCGCGAGGCCGUGGAGGCCGCCGUGGCGGGGCCCCGCGCGGGGGAGAUGCUCGCAAACGCCAGGCGGUUGAGUGCCGCCGCCAGGGCCGCCGUGGCGCCCGGCGGGUCCUCGGACGCCCACGUCCAGGCGUUCGUAGACGAGGUGGCGCGGCGGAGCGGCUAAGGCCCAGGCCCAGCCUUCUCCCGCCGUCGUGACAGAGGUCUAGCGGAGCCGAGCCUGAGCAGCAGGUUCUGAGGCGACGACGAGUGUGGUCUGGGCGAGCUUCAGGGGUGCGGCGUGGUCUGCUCCUGCAGGGGCGGCGGCGCUGUCGACCUCCAUGCGGGCAGCCUUCUCCAGCAGUCGAUUCGGGUCACUGUGGGGCAUAUGAAUCGUGGAUGGGUGUAGCAGGCCGCGUCGGCUUCGGCUGGCAUCGACUGGGGUGGCCGAAUCGCCUCACCGGAGCUUGACUGGACUGGUGCGAAUGCCACUGCCAUGACCUCCCUUCUCGGAGGAAAGUGUGGCCGGGGAACAAGAUCCAGCCAUGCAUGUCUGAGCACCGGGACUGGAUCAUCACCAAAUUCUCCGGCUGCAACAUGGUAUGGGUCAAAUUCCGAUUUGGGAAUUGGGAUCAUAAGAAUCUUGAGAGACAGCUUGCAGCAUUCGUCUAGCCCAUGACCCCAUGACAGAAUACAUCGUACUCUGCGUAUGGGGAUGAGGGAGAGAGGGAAGGAGCAGGGGCAAGGAGUCUUUUUCGUGCCGUGUCCACCGUGGCUGUCCGACUGUAGGUGGUCAAACGGCUGGCAUGACACGAUACUAGCACUAGCACGAUGAGGCAUGGCACUACCAGGCACAGCCAGUUAGCCGUGCCGAGGCAGCGGCCCAGGCGACCCCUGGUAGCUUUGAUUCAAUUCAAAUAUUGUCAUAUAUAUCUCUCUGCGUUUGUCACAUAUAAAACCUUGAUUUAGAUCGCGACUGAUAA